AAUGACGUUACCGUCUUCCUCGUCUCUUCUUUCAAUACGUGGAUACUUGUUAUUUUGGCCUUGAAAAUUUGAGAUAAUUCCAGAUAAGCACCGAGCAGUCUUAUACGCUUCUUUGUGUUUCUAAGAUAAUUUCACUUCUUCUUCAAACUAGGGGUUUCGCUCGCUUCUGCAAAUUGGAUUGUGAUUGAUCCUCUGGUUUGCGAGAUCCAAAUUAAAAAUCGUGGGCGUUACCAAAUUCUUAACUUUGAGUUCGGGCAAAGAGAAGAAGAAAAGAUGGCGAAGAGGGGAAGAGCAUGCGUGGUGGUUCUCGGAGAUCUAGGCCGCAGUCCUCGUAUGCAGUAUCAUGCCCUUUCCCUCGCGCGUCAGGCAUCUUUGAAAGUGGACAUUGUUGCAUAUGGAGGUUCUGAACCCCACUCUGCUGUUCUAGAGAAUGAAUCUAUUCAUAUUCACACAAUGAUACAAUGGCCAAAACACUCUCAUAGCUUGCCAAAGAUACUUGAUCCACUAAUGCUCUUAUUGAAGCCAAUCAUUCAGUUUAUAAUGCUUCUUUGGUUUCUUUGCAUCAAAGUUCCUCCUCCUGAUGCCUUCAUAGUGCAGAAUCCUCCUUCCGUUCCAACAUUAGUGGCUGUAAAAUGGGCAAGUUCUUUGAGACAGUCUGCAUUCAUCGUUGAUUGGCAUAAUUUUGGAUAUACCUUACUUGGUUUGUCCCUGGGCAGAAGCAGUCGAUUUGUUUCAAUAUACCAUUGGCUUGAGAAGCGUUAUGGGCAGAUGGCAAAUGGUUCCCUAUGUGUAACAAGGGCAAUGCAGCAUGAAUUAGCUCAAAACUGGGGAAUUAAAGCCACAGUUUUAUAUGAUCAGCCUCCUGAGUUUUUCCAUCCAACUUUGCUUGAGGAGAAGCAUAAGUUGUUUUGUAGAUUAAAUAGAUAUCUUUGUCACCCUCUUGGUGUUCAAGAUUGUGUAAGUGCUGAAACUGCAGGGAUUGGGAGAGAUGACCAAAACGAAACAUUAUUUACAACCCAGGUUGGUACUAGCAUCUUGUUCAAGCCAAACAGGCCUGCUCUUGUUGUAAGCAGUACAAGCUGGACUCCAGAUGAAGAUUUUGGGAUUCUAUUGGAAGCAGCAGUAAUGUAUGAUAGGCGAGUUGCUGCUCUGUUGGAUGAAAAUGAUUCCACUGAUGAAGGGGUCCUUUGGAAGGAGAUCUCCGGUGGAAAGCAAUACUUGUAUCCAAGGUUGUUGUUCAUCAUUACAGGUAAAGGUCCUGAAAAGGAAAAGUAUGAAGAGAAAAUAAAGAGGUUAAACCUCAAACGUGUGGCAUUUCGUACCAUGUGGCUGUCAGCUGAGGAUUAUCCACUGCUUCUUGGUUCUGCAGAUUUAGGUGUUUGCCUGCAUACUUCUUCCUCAGGAUUAGACCUUCCCAUGAAGGUGGUGGAUAUGUUCGGUUGUGGACUACCUGUAUGUGCUGUUUCCUUCUCCUGCAUCGAUGAACUUGUUAAAGUUGAGAAAAAUGGACUGCUCUUUUCAUCAUCAUCAGAGCUAGCUGAUGAACUCUUGAUGCUCUUCAGGGGCUUUCCAGAUGAAUGUGAUUAUCUGAAAUCUCUCAAGAAUGGUGCAUUGGAAAUGGGUUCUUCAGCAAGAUGGGACAGCGAGUGGGAAGAACAUGCUAAGCCAUUGAUAUCAGAGGUUAUAUCCAAAACUUGAAAUAGCCAUAAGUUUCAGCUGUCUCGUGAACGGUUUUAAUGAUAGCAAUCCCAGCCACCUGCCUCAUAUGUUGGUUUAUAAUCAAUAUCAAGGUGGGUUUACUUGACUCCAUUUUUCCCAGGGAUCAUUACCAUGUUUUUGUUAGAAGGAGACAAUGUAGAUUAUAUAGUCCUUAUGAUUCCAAAACUGACAGUUAAUUUUGAUUUAUGGCAACAUACAAAUGGUCAUAUGGUUUGGGUUUCUCAUGUUUAAAGGGUUUAUGAUUUGACUAGUUGGUUCUGCAUCUACUCUGAAAUGUGCAAUGAACACUUUAAAUAGAUACAUAGUUGUUAGUUAAUGAUUACCCGCUUAUCGUUUCUGACAGAAAUGAUCAUUCAAGUCAGAUUAAUACAAAAUUGCUUAUAUAUAUAUAUAUAUAUAUAUAUAUAUAUAUAUAUAUAUAUCCUAUUUGGGUUUGGCAAACACAACAAUGUGUUUUGAGUUUGGCGAGUUGAUAUCAAUUAUGAAACAGUAAUUUUUGUAUUCUAUACGUGUUAAACAUGAAAUAAACAGAUAUGAAUAGAUUAAUUGUCAGGUUUAGUUUUGACACAUGGUAUUGUCUGGAUUUUAACUAUUUCGUUUCAAUAUCUACGUGUAGUAUAAUAUGGAUAGUUUGAUAGGUAUAGUGAGCUAUAACUUAAUAGUCAUUAAGGUGCUUUUGGUAAGUGUAUGAAUAUUUAGUUCAAAAUUUAGGUGUCAUUUGUAAUCAUUGUUGUUGUUCUCUUUUUUUCGUUUUCAAUU